AUGUAUCCUCGAGCAAGUUGGCCCAUUAUCUCUAGGAGGAAAUUAAUCCAUUUAAGAGCUCUUGUAGAAUACCGUGAUAAAUCUACCGGAUUGCUAAAGUUGCUGGCUGUGGAUGUAUACUGUAUCUCAGUAAGGCGGACAAUAACUGGAAAGCAAUCGAUCGUUAUGAAUUGUUAUUUGAAAGAACACUCGGGACCCGAUUUGAACUCUAUGCUACCUUAUAAAAAUUCCUGGACUCUAUUCGAGUACAUUUUUCUGAGUUUUGAGAUUCAAAUGGCGGGCGACUUACACAAUAGUCGGUGUCUUCUGGACGCUGGAUUCCAAACCAUGUGGUCUGGCUGGUUGGCAUAUAUGGACGCGAAACUGGAGGUCUUACGUCAUAUAGGCUCGGAUGCUUGCAGAAUUACAGAUACAGUGCUUCCAGCUACUAUGUUCUUAUAGAUGCGGGCUUCUUUGGAGGAAGUCACCAAGUAGAGACACAAAUAUUCAAAAUACACCUCUACAAAUAAAACAUUGAUU